AUUUUCUUAAAGCCAGGCCUAAAUAAAUAAGUCGAGGAGCAUUUGGAAUUUAAGUAUGGCAUUUACAAAGAUAGAUAGUGUAUAUAAAAAAUGUACUUUACAAGAACAAAUUAGAAAAAUUGAAGAGGACUUGCUAUUAUUAAACAGUAGAGUGAGAGGAUUGGAGGAUUUGUUGGAUAAUCCAACCGUUAGUGAAAGUUGUCGUUUGGCAAUAGAGGAAGAAUUACUUUCACUCAAAAUCAAAAUGGAAGAGCAUUCAAAAUAUGUAAAAGAACUUCAUAAGGACAACUCAAAAAAACUAAUGGGUGUUACGACUUUUGUAUUUCUAAGCUUUUUAAUUUUUGGUUGCUAUCGUUUAAUUACCAACUAAAUAGAAAUCACACAAAAUUUAAAUUAUUUAAUAUGUAUUCACGAUAUAUUUACU